AGUUCUUUGACUUGCCUGCGUCACGCCUUUCACGUUGCGUGUUCCGAUUAUUCUUCGCUCGCUUUUCUCUCCUGCGUCUGUGAAAUACUUUGCACUUUUGUUUUCUUGUGUGAGAACGUCCUCAGCUGGAGUUUCUUUUUCAACCUUACGACUUUAUCAACAUAUAUACGGGGGAAACCCGCGCAACAGCAAUUAAAAAAAGAAGACAAAUUGCUGCUAACAAAGGAAGUUACCUACACCAUUGGACCCCGCGCCACCUGUCCUAUUCAGCCCUUUUGAAGAGAAGGGACAAAGGAAGGGAAACGUAUCCUGUUUGUUUAUUUAUUUAUUUCGUGUGUGUGUGUUUUGCGUUUAACAGCUUAGCUUACCGUGUUUUCGAGGAUAUAUAUAUAAUAGUUGGGGCUCUUCUCGUUUUUGUUUCUCUUGCAUCAGUGCAGUCGUUUUCGGCUUUGAUUCGAACCCCUGCAGCGUUUGUUUUUGUCUUCUUCUUCCUUUCUUUUGUUGGUAGAUACAGCUGCCCAUUCCACACACACGCAUACAAAAAUAAAGAAGGUUUUGGUAAGAAAGAACUCGUAACCACGCCGUCGCUACGCGCACAACGAAGAUAACACGAGUGUCCCCGCCCCCCCCCCCCCCAAAAAAAAAAAACCGGGAAGAACAACCACAAAAAUAUAUGUACUGCCGGUGUUGUGUUCGUUGCAUCUCUCAGCAGACUUUCACGCGCCUUGUCGGGGGCAUCUACGGUGUGUGUGUGUUCUCGCUCGUAUCUCCUUUCGUUUUUUCCGUAGUUUUCGCUUCUAAUAUUUACUCUCUCUGUCUCUGUCUUGUACCUUUUUUCCCCACCUUUUGUUACCAUCUUUUUCGUUUCUUUGAGCUGUGUGUUCGUUGCACAAUCCGUCGAGCUACCCUCCGCGUCUGUCCCGCCCGUCCUCCCGCACCGUUUUUAUUGGUAGUCAUUCGUGGAAGUGUAUAUAUUUUUUUGAAUUUCUUUUUCUGAUACCGAGCGCCGGUACGACGCCACCGCUGACUGACGGACUCCACUACACAUUUCGCACUCAUUCUUUCUCUUCUCUCUUAUUUCUUUUUCUGUUUUGAUUUUGGCUUUUCUCUCUCUCUCUUUCUGAUAAACUUCAAAUCGAAGAGUAUUGUAUUUUUUUCUUUAAUUCCCGCUGAAGCGAGAUGUCGAAUCUGCACCAGCUACAACGUGCGUGGACGCUGUGGUACGACAGCCCAUCCACCUACAGCACGGAGAAUUGGGAGAUGUCGCUGGUGCCCAUCAUGACGGUGCACACCGUUGAGGAGUUCUUUGUGAUGCUCAAGUACAUGAAGCCCUUGCACGCCCUCCGCACCUCCUCGCAGUAUCACUUCUUCCAGGAAGGCGUCAAGCCCAUGUGGGAGGACCCGGCCAACAAGAAGGGCGGCAAGCUGUGGGUAAACUUGGACAUCAACGCCGGCAGCGUUCGCCCCAGCAGCAACACAAGCGGCGGCACCGCCGCGGCGGACGCGAACGGCGUGGAGGCGAAGACCGACUUGGACAAGUCCUGGGAGAACGUGCUGAUGGCCGCCGUGGGCGAGUACCUCGAUGGCGCCGACAACAACGCCACGGGCGAGCCGUUUGUGACCGGCAUAGUCAUGUCGAAGCGGAAGUACCACAAUCGCCUGGCGGUGUGGAUCAGCGACGCUUCUGCGAAGGACAAGAUCGAUGCCCUCAGGAAAGCCAUCACGAAAGAGGCUAGUCUUCCCUACAUUGCAUCCCUUGUCUUCACCAAGCACGGCGAAGCCUCAUAG